AUGGGAGAUGCAACAACUGAAAAUUACAAGCCCGAAUGGCUCGAGCUUGAAAAAGCUCUCGGCACCCGUCCCCUUCUCGUAGGCGAUUCCGCCAACAUCGAAGCACAAUUCAACAGCCUCGUCACCGCGCUCAACACCCAAAGACCUCCUCCCGACACCUCCAUCCACACGCGCGAUACCUCCGCCGACGGUAUUCCAAUCCGUAUCUACACACCACCAGACACAUCCCAAAACGGCGAACUUCCUCUCGGAGUCUAUUUUCACGGCGGUGGAUAUUGUGUGGGCAAUCUCGAUUCCGAGGAUAUGUGGUGUCGCUAUAUCGCAAAGAGCGUGCCAUGUGUGAUUGUAAGUGUGCAGUAUAGAUUGGGUCCCGUAUUCAAGAUUCCGGUUAUGUUGGAGGAUAGCGUGAGGGCUUUUGAAUGGGCCUUUAAACAUGCUUCGGAACUCAACUCCUCCCCGUCCAAACUCUUCACCAUUGGCGGUUCCGCCGGCGGCGGCCUCGCUCUCACCGUCGCCCACGAUCUCAUCGCCAAGGGUAAAGGCUCACAAAUCAAAGGAAUCGUCGCUAUGGUUCCCGUCGCCGCACAUCCAUCGUCCAUCCCCGCAUCUUAUGAGAAUUACUAUCGUUCCUACGAGGAGAAUGCGCACGAUGUACCGGUUAUCGAUGCGGAUACGAUGGAUACGUUUUUUGGGGCUGUGGGGGCGGAUCCGCAGGAUCCGAGAGUUUUUGUGACGCUUUCGAAACAUUUGGAUGAGUUCCCUCCGACUUAUAUUGCGACGUGUGGAAAAGAUCCUUUGCGGGAUGAUGGUAAGGUGUUGGAAAUGCUAUUGAAGGAGAAGGGCAUCAAGACCAAGAGUGAUUAUUAUGAGGGGGUGCCGCAUUAUUUUUGGCUUUUUCCCGGUAUCAAGGGUGGAGAUGAAUUUUUGGAUAAUGUCAGUAAAGGGGUGAAGUUCGUUUUGGGGAUUUAA